AUGUCAUUAUUUAGAAAUUUUUCACAAAGAUUAGCUGUUGUUUUAAGAAGUGGUGCACCAUCUACAGUCAAGAGCCCAAUCGUUCCUGAUAAAUAUGAUGUUAUGCCAAGACAAACAGCUGAACAUUUGAUUCACCAAGUUAAACCUGUAGAGAUUUCUGCUGAUAAGAUUGGUUGUGAUGGUGGUAAUGGACCAUUAGGACACCCAAUGGUAUAUAUAAAUUUGGAUAAUGCAGAACCACAAGCUUGUGGUUACUGUGGUAUUCGUUUUGUUAAAAAAACACGUUCAUCAAGUCAAGCUGAUGAUAGAAGUGAUAGAAAUGAAUCUACUAGAUUAUAA